GGUGGGCAGACAGGGGGUGAGUUCUCUCCUCAGCAGAUAUAAAGCCUUGGUCCUAUAACUUCUCACGGAGUACAUCGUCUUUACAGAGGAGACACAGCUCAACAUACAAACUCAUAAUCAGAUAUUUCCAUCAAAAUGUGGUCAUCCCUGGCAGUGCUCCUCGCGGCCUCCUGUGUCUGUCUGGCACAGGUCGUAAUCGUAAUCAAAACCAAAUCAACUGAUGAGAUGUCAGACGAUUCAGACCUGCGCUUCAAGCGUAUGAUUAGGGGCUCCCUGGCCCCUCAUGUCCCCUGGCAGGCCAUGGUCUACCUGAGUAAAAGCGUCAUGAACGGGGGCUUCGCUGGGGGAGCUCUAAUCUCUGACCGCUGGGUCCUGACGGCUGGCAGGAACUUGUUUGUCAGGAAGAGUAGACAGGACACCCAGGGGAAAGAACCAAUCAUCCCCAAGGUGUACUUAGGCAUCACGCGACAAUCCCAAGCCGAUGACUCCAAAGAAGUUGCUGUAGAAAAGGUGGUUCUGCACCCAGGCUUCCAGAACGUGUCAGACUGGGACAACGACCUGGCUCUGAUUCAGCUGAAGGAGCCAUUCACCCUGAGCGAGGCUGUGAUGCCCAUCCCUCUGCCUGAGAGGGGUGAGGACCUGGUUGAGGCAGCCCAGGAGAAAGGCAUCAUCACAGGCUGGGGUUGGGGGGUCCUCUUCACCCCCACUGAGUCACUGAGACACCUGGUAUUGCCUGUGGCAUCGCAUAGCUCCUGUAAGGCAGAGUACAACUCUGGCGGCCAAGUGCUGAGCCGCACUCCAACCGUAGAUGACAACAUGUUCUGUACUGGAGCCAGCAAGUACCAGGAGAAUGUGUGCUUUGGGGACGCAGGCGGUGCCCUGGCAGUCCAGGACCCCAAAGAUGGCAGAGUGUAUGCUGCAGGGAUCCUGUCCUUCGAUAAGACCUGUGCCGUGCAGAAAUACGCUGUCUACAUGAAGCUCUCUGCCUACAUGCCUUGGAUCAACAGUGUCCUCAGGGAGACAGUGAGACAUCAGCCAGUCUCCGCUCCAGUGUAA